UCUCUAAUCCCAUUUCCCCCCCUUCUUCCUCACCAAAAAUCCCUGUUCUUCAGUUUCUCUGUCUCUCAAUUUCUUAAUUUUUUGACAAUAUUCAUGGAGAAAACCCCACCCCCAGAAAAGUCUGAAAGUUUUUCAAGAAAUUUCAAUAGAAGGAUUGCGAAUUUGGGCUCACCUCGCCGGACUACUGAUGCCGCCGCUGAUGCUAAAUCGGAAGCUGAAAAGCAUGCCGAUCGUGAAGAUGAAGCGUUCAUUGAAGAGCCUCUUUCUGAAUCAGAAACAGCUUUGAUUUUCGAAGAGGUUGAUCGAUUCCUUGCGAAUUCGUCCGAUGCUAGAGAUGACGGAUCGAAUCUCAUGGUUGAAAUUCCGAGCUCCGUUCUUUCCUUGUGCAAAAUGGUGGACUCGAUGACCUCCAGGUUCUAUUCUACCAAAAUUCCGGCGAAGCUCGGUAGCGAUCCUGACCUAGAUUCUUCGUUUUUCGAAGCUCUUAAUCGCAUUUCGAAGGUUGCGAUUAAAUUAAGCGAAUUCCCUUCGACCACUGCCUCCAUUCCUUCGCUCAAUCGAACCACCACGUCUCUACAGCGAGCCAUGUCGUUAUUGGACGAAGAAUUCAACGCGCUUCUGAAAGAAUGCAAACAUCGAGAGUCCGAUUCGAAAUUUGAUAAGAAAGCGUUGAAGCAAUCGUCCUUCAAAUCAAGCAACGAAUCAACAGAUCAACAUCACAGCGCCGUUCCUGAAUCAUCCGAGCCAGAUUCUACCAAGGAGGAAGAAUUUCCCUCUUUCUCGCUGGAAACUAUAUCGAAAAUGAAAAGAAUCGCCGAAACGAUGAUCUGCGCCGGCUACGAGAAGGAAUGUUGUUUCAGCUACAGCUUACUCCGGCAGAGCUCGUUCAAAGGAAUACUGAACAAGUACGGCUACGAAAAUAUUAGCAUAGACGACAUACAGAAAAUGCAAUGGGAGAUUCUUCAAUCGGAAAUCGACAAAUGGAUGGCCGUCGUCAAUAAAUGCUCAAGUUCCUUGUUCCCAGGCGAGUGGAAGCUCUGCGACGCUGUUUUCGCCGAUCAUCCCUUCAUUGCUCAUACGCUCUUCAGCGGUUUAACAAGAGGAAUAGUCAUCAAGCUUCUCAACUUCGCAAAUGCGGUGGUUCUAACAAAGCGAUCGGCGGAGAAGAUGUUCAAAUUACUCGACAUGUACGAGACCCUCCGCGAUUUGAUUCCGGCAUUCAAUGGCUUCCCUGAAAAUUGCAGAACAGAGCUAAUUUCAGAAGCGGAAGGGGCAAAACGCGGAAUAGGCGAAGCAAUAGUCGGGAUUUUCUACGACCUAGAAAGCUCAAUCAAAAGCGACAACGCGAAAAUUCCUGUUCCAGGAGGAGCAGUUCAUCCAUUGACGCGCUACAUAAUGAAUUACCUAAAAUACGCCUGCGAGUACAAAGAAACCCUAGAACAGGUCCUUGAAUUCCUCGACCCUAAAGCCGAAGAAAAUCGACCGGCAAUAAUCGACGAAAACGACGAUGAAUCCCCGAGAAAGUCUCAGCUCGCGUAUCAGGUGACGAUGGUGAUGGAUCUGCUGGACGCGAACCUCGCGAUGAGAUCGAAGUUGUACCGCGACGCAUCUCUUCGGUACAUCUUCCUGAUGAACAACGGAAGGUACAUAUUUCAGAAAAUCAAAAGCUCAAGUGGAAUAACGGAAUUGAUGGGAGACCGCUGGUGCCGGAAACGAUCGACGAAUCUGCGACGGUACCACAAAAAUUACCAGCGAGAAACAUGGAGUAAGGUGCUGCAAUGCCUGAACCACGAAGGAUUGCAGGUGAACGGGAAGGUAUCGAAGCCCAUAUUGAAGGAGAGAUUCAAAAGCUUCAACGCGAUGUUCGACGAAAUACACAAAACGCAGAGCAGUUGGGUGGUGAGCGACGACCAGCUUCAAUCGGAGCUUCGGAUUUCAGUGUCGGCGGUGAUGAUUCCGGCAUACCGUUCGUUCGUGGGGAGAUUCAAGCAGUAUUUCGAUCCGGGAAGACAAUCGGAGAAGUACAUAAAGUAUCAGCCGGACGAUAUUGAAGGCUUGAUCGAGGACCUGUUUGAUGGCAAUACUGCCUCUAUGUCGAGAAGGAGAACGUAG